AUGGACACUAUUUGCCCUGCUAUUGAAUCACUAAAUGUGAUGUCCAGUGUUUGUCACUCAGCCGUGUCCAACUCUUGUGACCCAGUGGACUGUAGCCCGCAAGGCUCCUCUGUCCAUGGUAUUUCCCAGGCAAGAAUACUGGAGUGGGUUGCCAUUUCCUUCUCCAGGGAAUCUUCAUUGCAGUUGGACUCUUUACUGUCUGACAGCCAGGGAAUCCCAUUAAAUCAGUAUUGUGAAGUAUUCCAACACCUCCCAGAAUCAUCCAUCAUGGAGCAUAGUCUCUCAUCCCAAAUUCCCCUCCACAGCACAGUUUAUCAGAAUUUUCUAUGUUCUGGGUCACCAGAUUCUUCCAUCCUCUUUACUCUUAACCUACUCCAAACAGGAUUAACACUCCAUGGAAACUAUUUAGGUUGGCCAAAAAGUUUCUUUGACAUCUUUCCAAAAAGCUUGAAUGAAGCUUUUGGCCAACCCAGUACUUGGCAUGAUCAUGUGUUCUUAGAUCCAAAUUCCCUUGCAAUCUUACUCUGGGUAACCUUUGGCUUGGUUGUCCAAGGAAAAGCGCCUUUGCUUCCAUGA